AUGUGCUAUUCAUUAGAGAUUAAUUAUGAUCAAUACUUAGCAAAAGUAGCUUUGUUGGCUAAUAUUUUUGGAAAAUUAAGUCUAAUAUUAUCAGUAUGUUUAAUUUAGAUUGAUGCAAUAAGCUUCGUUUGCUCAUUAACAUUAAUAUCACUUGAUAUUCUAAAAUUUAUUUAAUACUAAGAGCAGUUUUAGAAUAAAAAUCAUUAUUUACAAUCAUAACUAAAUGAAUUACAGUCUCCAUCUGAAUACUCAAAAACAAGUGACAAUAUUUGGAGAUAGAGAAUAUAAGAUAUGAAUGUAUAAGUGCUAAUAUUGAGUUAUUCAAACUUAUGUGUUAAAUACAUUAAUUAAUGCUUUAUGGAAUUGUUUAGAUGUGCCUUAGAAGAAGAAUUAUCGAAAAUUAUUUUAUAAGAAUUAAAUUUUUAGAUACCUUAAUAAUACACUGAGGUUUUUAAAAGUGCCUCACUUUAAAUGAAAAGAUUAAGAGAUAAAUAAAGAGAUCCUUCUUGUAGAGAAUUUAAGAACUUAGAAUCGACCAAACAGGUUAUUAGUGUAUAAACUAAAACUUUAGAGUAAAUAUUAGAAGAAUAUAAAAAAGGAGAGUAUGAUUCUUUAAUAUAAGCUUCAAGCAAUAAGGCUCUUGAUAUAUCUUGUACUCUAAAAUUAUAAAAUUGUAAUCCUAUUUCUUUGAGUGGAUAAAUCAUUAGUGAUAAUAAAGAGAUUACUAUAUUUUUAAAUGAUAUCUCAAAAUAAACUGAAUUAUCAUAAUAGAAAAUCAAGGAUGAUUUUAAAUCAAAAAUUAUUGAAUCAUUUUCUCAUGAAAUGAAAACACCUUUAAAUAGUGCAAAAAAUCUGAUUGAAUCAGCAAUUUCUGAAUCAAAAGUAGAUAAUUAUAUUAAAAACUAAUAUUUACAUCCAGCAUUUAAUUCAUUAAAAUUAUAAUCAUAUAUUAUUAAUGAUAUAAUUGACUUUUCAAAUUAUUAUGCAAAUUCAUUAUAUUUGUAGACUAAAGAUUUUACAUUCAAAGAAUUAAUAAAUGAAAUUAGUGGACUCUUUUAAUAAUAAUUUGAAAUGAAGAAUAUGGGAUUAAAAAUAGUAAUGUUGAAAAAUAAUUUUUAAACAUUUAAUACUGACUAUAAUCGUCUAAUAUAAAUAAUAGUGAAUUUAUUAGCUAAUUCUUUAAAAUUCUCAUACAGUGGUAAUGUAGUAGUUAGAUUUAAAUCACUUGAAUAAAAUAUAUUGAAAAUAUCUAUCAAAGAUUAAGGGAUUGGUAUUGAAUAAGAAAAAUUAGAGAGAAUCUAAAAAACUCUAUGUCAAUUCUAAGAGACAUCUGAUUUUAUCUUUAAUAAAAGUUGGCAUGGAUUUGGACUUUUAAUUUCAUCCAUUUUAUUAACAAAAUUGUCAACUAAUGCAAAUAAAUAGUAUUUAUAAAUUAAAAGUUAAGGAAAGAGUUUAGGAACCAAAGUUACAAUAUUAGUAGAAGACUAAAAUAGAGGAUAAUCAGUUAUGCUUUCUAGAAAAUCAGUUAGAUUUGGAACAAAAAUAAAUUCGUAAAAUAAAAUAUAAAUUGGAACUGUCAUUGUGACUUCAGUAAAACCAGUGUCUAACUUUUAAAAUAAUGAUAUAGUUACUCCUUAAUUUAAAACAAUGGAAUUAUGUACUGAUAUGUUAUCAAUUGAUAAAUCAAGUGAUUUCUUACCUUUAAAUCAUUAAAUAAAGGAAUUGAGAUCAUCAGAUCCUAAAUUAAUUAGUAAUUUAAAUGAUUCAUAAAGUUCUGAUUCAAGUCAAAAUAUAGAUUUCAAAUAUUUAGGAUAAUAAAAUGAUUCACCAUCUAUAUAAUAAUAAUUUAAAGAUUUAAAAUCAAGUAGAAGUUCAAGAUCAUAGGUUUUUAGUAUUAAAUAAUUAAAAUUUUUGGAGGAUUAAGAAAGCUAGUAGAAUCUAUUGAAUUUUGUUUAAAAAAAGAAAUGUAAUUGUAGAAGGAUAUUAUCAGUUGAUGAUGAAGUAUUCAAUUAACAUUCAUUGUGUAUGUUGCUAUAAAAAUUAGAUUUUGAAGUUUUGGUGGUUAGUAUUAAAUAGUUUAUCCUUAGGCUUUCAAUGGGUAAUAAGCGAUAGAUAAAUUGAACCAAUUAAAAAAGUGCUGUGAUCAUUGUUAAUUACUUGAUGUAAUCUUAAUGGAUUAUCAAAUGCCAAUACUAAAUGGAAUAGAAACUACAAAAAUUAUCUUAGAGAUGAUAUAAACCUAGAAGAUUCCUUCCAUUAAUAUUAUAGGUUUAACAGCAUUCACAAGUGAAUCAGAUAUAGUAAAUUGUUUAGAUGCAGGGAUGACAUAUGUAUUAUCCAAGCCUUUAAACUUAAAAGACUUUAAAGAAUUAUUGUCAAAUUUAUGA